AUGUCAGCAAAAGCAGUCAGCGAAUUGUCCGCCAAGGAAAUUUUGUACAAAUACUUUGAAGGAACCGGACUCGUCAACUCGCCCUUCGCUUUUCAUGUCAAAACUGGUGAUGACUUCAAUCAAAUUGCUGGAGGUUAUGAAUGGUUAACCAAGGCAGGAGUGAGUUUUUAGAGAAGGUUUCUUAAGACCUUAAAUCCUAUAAAUAAUAUCACAAUUCAGUCACACCUCUAAUAAAACAAUUUUUCCAGAAAGGAGUCAUCAAGCCAGAUCAACUGAUCAAACACUGUGCAAAGAGGGGUUUGAUUAAAAUUGGUUCACCGGAAGAAUUGAGCGAUUGGUUCAACAGCCAUGCCAACAGACAGGUGGAAGUCGACGAAUCACUCGGACGUCUUCACACCUUUAUUGUCGAACCAUUCUGUGCUCAUCAGGAAUUCGAUGAGAUGUAUAUUGCGAUCUUCAGCACCAGAGAAGAGGACACAAUUAUGUUCUACGAGCAUGGUGGUGUAACAUCUCCUAAGGGAGAUAUUGAGCGCAAAGCCAGAUUCAUCAAAAUCCCGGUUGAAUUUGACGAUGAUGUGAUGUGGCCAACUGAUGGACAAUUGAAAACACUUAUUGGAGUCGAUCUUCCAAAUUUUGAAGUUGUCAAGAAGUUUGUCGAUGAAUUGUACAAAGCUUAUAAAGAGCUUCACUUCACAUAUUUGGAAAUCGAUCCAUUUGGUAAGAAUUUUUGGUUGGAAUUUUCAUAGCUUUCCUAAUCAAUAAUCAAAUAAUAAAAUUUCAGUGUUCGUCGACAAUCAAAUCCAUAUCCUCGAUCUCGCUUCAAAAUUGGACGAGACAGCCAACUUCAUCUGCUCGGAUAAAUGGAGAAGUCGCCAAACUCCAAUGUCUGCACCAAUGCCAGUCGAUUUCCCAGCUCCAUUUGGGAGUGAUUUGACUGAAGAAGAGCAAUUUAUUGCUAAUUUGGAUGCCAAAACUGGAGCCUCGUUGAAGUUGACGAUUCUCAACCGAAAAGGACGUGUUUGGACAAUAAUCGAUAAAAGUAGCUUUUUGAAUGUCUUGACGUAAGGAGUUUUUUUGAACCUAGAAAUAUAUAUUCAAAUUGCCUGCCGCCCGCGGGGCUUGCCUAUCCACCAUAAUCGCUGUUUGUUUUCAGUGACACUGUUUGCGAUCUAGGUGGAGAAAAGGAGUUGGGCAAUUAUGGUGAAUGUUCUGGCCAUACGUGGGAAAAGAAAACUUUCGAAUAUGCCAAGACAAUUCUAUCGAUCAUGACUGAAGGAGAGCCCAGAAGCGAUGGAAAAGUAUUGAUAAUCAGUGGAUCAAUUGCCUUCAGAGUGAGUUGCAUCUUGUUUCAGAUAAUAUCGAGCUGUACUAUUAUUGAUAAUAUUGCAGGGAAUUAUCCAAGCAAUGAACACUUACAAAACCAAACUAAAGAAGCACGAAGUCACCGUCUUUGUUUAUUGUCGAGGUACAAACUAUGAAGAAGGAUGGCGUUAUUUUGAACGUGUUGCCGACCAGCUCAAAAUUCCAGUCCGUUUUUAUGACUCAGACACGCAUGUGACUGCUAUUGUCGGAGCCGCCCUUGGAACUCAUUAUGUUCCAUCAAUGCCCAUCGAGCCAAAAACCACUGGUCAGUUCUUGUUGAGCCCGGAAAGAAACACGGCUGGAACUGAACGUCAACCAGUUUCCCCUGCACCAACAUCGACUGAAGCGAAACCUUUGAAUCAAACUACUUUCCGCGGAUUGUUCGAAAAUGAUACCAAAGCAAUCAUCUGGGGAGAACAAGCUGAUGUUAUCCAGGUAUGAAUUUUCAGCAAGAUGUAUGUAUCAUAAUUUAAUGAAUGAUAUUUUCAGGGUAUGCUUGAUUUCGAUUAUGUUUGCCGAAGAGAAACACCAUCAGUUGUUGCCUCAACAUGUCCAUUCACUGAAGGCAACACGCAUAAAUACAACUUCGGACUGAAGGAAGUUCUCAUCCCCGCUUACAAAUCAAUGGCCAAAGCGUGUGCAACUCACCCAGAAGCUUCUGUGAUGGUCAUAUUUGAUGGACCGUUAUUGAUUUAUGAAAGUGUGUUGGAAGCUCUGGAAUUCCCUCAACUCAAAGUCAUUGCCAUCAUUGCUGAAGGUGUCCCAGAGAACCGAACCAGGAAAUUGUUAAAAGUUGCCGCUAAACGUGGUGUCACUUUGAUCGGUCCAGCAACAGUCGGAGGAAUCAAACCAGGUUGCUUCAAGAUUGGAUACACUGGAGGAGAAAAGAAUGCUUUUAUUAACUCAAAACUCUACCGUCCUGGAAGUGUUGCGUAUGUUUCUAGAUCUGAUGGAAUGUCCAACGAAUUGAACAACAUUAUCUCCCAAAACACCAACGGUGUUUAUGAGGGAAUUGCGAUUGGCGGUGGUAAAUAUACAGGAAGCAGCUAUGUUGAACACAUUGCAAGAUAUCAAGCUGAUGAUCGUGUCAAAAUGAUUGUUUUGCUCGGUGAAGUUGGAGGCACAGAAGAAUAUAAGAUUGCCGAAAUGCUCAACAGAGGAGAGAUCACCAAACCAUUAGUUGCUUGGUGCAUCGGAACUUGUGCAGAUCGUAACACUAAUGCUGUUAGAUAUCCUGAAACUGCAGCUUGCAAAAACGCUCUUCUUCGCAGUGUUGGUGCAAUUGUGCCCUCAUCAUUUGGUGAACUUGGCAACAAGAUUCGCGACACUUAUGACAACAUUGGAGCAAAAGUGCCACAAUUGGAAGUAGGAGAACCACCAUUUCCAAUGGAUUAUGCGUGGGCCAAAAAGUUGGGGUUGACUUGCAAAGAAGAAACAUUCAUGGCUUCGAUUUGUGAUAAAUGGAGUGAAGAUUUUGUGUACGGGGGUGCUUUCAUCAACAAUAUCAUGCAAUACGACCAAGGAGUUGCCAGUGCUCUUGGACUUCUUUGGUUUGAGGUAAAUCAAUACUUAUGGAAACUUAUAAAUAAUUUGUGCAUUUCAGAAAAGUCUACCAGCAUAUGCCAACAAAUUCAUCGAGAUUUGCCUUCAGCUCACCGCCGAUCAUGAUCGAGAUGUCUCUGGUGCUCACAAUACAAUUGUUUGUGGUCGAGCUGGUAAAAAUUUGAUCUCCUCGCUCACAUCUGGUUCACUCACCAUUGUACGUUGAAGAACAAGAGAUUUAGACAGACCCCAGCCUGUUCUAUAAUUUCACUUCUCAACUUUCUUAUUUUCAGGGUGAUCGUUUUGGUGGAGCUCUCGAUGGAGCUGCACGCCAAUUCUCCUACGCUAUGGACAAUGGCUGGUCUCCAAUGGAGUUUGUACACAAGAUGAGAAUCCAAAAUAAGCAUAUCAUGGGAAUUGGACAUCGCGCCGAGAGUGUGAGUUUGUCUAGAUCCUGCUAAUUAUUUGAAAAUUCCUCGAACUCAAUGAAUAUUUGAUUUCAGAUCAACAACCCUGACAAGCGAGUCGAAAUCCUCAAGAGAUUUGUCAUGGAUAAAUCACAAUUCACCCAAGGAACUCCACUUCUUGACUUUGCACUGGAAGUUGAGAAAAUCAUGAAUUCCAAGAACCCAAAUCUCAUUCUCAAUGUUGAUGGUGCAAUUGGUGUAAUUUUUGUCGACAUUCUUCGCCAAAGCAAGUUGUUCUCACCAGCCGAAGCUCAAGAAAUCAUUGAUAGCCGAACAUUGAACGGUCUUUUGAUUUUUGGUCGAAGCUUUGUUUUUGUUGGAUAUUAUUUGUAUCAAUCUCGCUUGAAACAAGGUCUUUAUCAUCAUCCAUGGGCCGAUAUUGAAUAUGUCAUGCCAGAACAAAUCAUUUCCUAA